GAGCGCUAGCGAUGGCUGUGUGUUUGCUAAGAGAGGGGGAACGGAGGAGUACUCAGCCGCAGUCUCCCGAGACAAGGCGUCUUCCUCGAGUCACGGUUCUGAACCGGCCCGUGGUCGCAGCGCCGCACUGGCGCGGGGCUCUGCGGGCGCGCACGCCGACCCACGUAUCGUACACCCAGCCAGAGAGAGAGGAAGUGUGGAAAGAGAGUUUCCAGAGACGUAAAGUCCAGCAAAGUGAGUGUGGUUUUCAUGGCCCCGCCCAUCAACCAUAUAAGGAUGUGGGGCACGUUGAACUGGACGACCCGACUCUAAUACUGGACGGACUGGGUCAGAAACAGGACAAACAGCUGAGUGGUCCAAGAUCACCCUCCCCUGCAGCUGCCACCCCCACUCACAUCUCUCCACCUCCUCUCCCUCCUCCUCCUCCUUCUCGUCCUCCACUCAGAUCUAUGGCUCCACAGCUGCCCGAUGAUCUCUCUCUCCUACCAGAGGAGAUGAAGGAAGGAGAAGGAAGAAGAGGGGAAGUGAAGGUUGGCAGAAGUCUCUCUGAAUCUGUCUCUGCCAGGGAAACUGCCAAACAGGAAGCAAGUAGUGGGAAAGAAACUAAGUCUAGAGCACAAACUACAGAUUGGCAUCCUCCCGAUGUGACCUUUGACCCCACCGUGUUGGGCCAGUAGACGUACGUCUGUUCACGUUGAGACACGCCCUUCGACCAUGACCUUUGACCUGGCGACCAGUAGUCGUGGCAACAGGAGUCGGUCUGAGAGAAGAGGAUCGCAACAAGUUGCCUUUGAAACCGGUUCCCACGACAACCUCGCUCAUUCUGAUGGUAGUCAUGGCAACCACCAAACAUUAACAAAUCGACCUCUGACCCCUGGAGGGUGUGUCACUGAGGGAGGUGUGGAAGAGGUGGAGAGUAAGGGGGGAGAAGGGUGUGGGAGUGAGGUUUGUGAAAUGGAGGUGGAGGGGGAGGGGGAAGAGGGAGAGGGAGAGAGAGAUGGGGAGCCUGGUGCACAGCAGUCUGAACUUGUCUAUCAGUGGUACCGGCAGCUCUGUGUCCUCCUGUGGGUGAUGGACGGUCUCAAACUGGACUCCCUAUCGCUCCUCUCUCCCUUUGCCAAGUGUUGGCAGUUGGACAGAGGUGGAGUGCAGAGGAUCCAUUCCCAGGCUGUCUCGCGGGGCCACACUCCCUCCAGGAACCAGCAACGAUACAACCUCUGGAAAGACAACUCCUUCCCUCAGACUACAGAUGGAUCUCCCCCCAAGAGUGGUACGGCAGAAUUUAACCCUUUGAGUGCCCCUCGAAAUGGUCACAUGACUUCUGAGAGCCUCACUCCCUCAGCAUAUCGAAGACUAAAGAGAGAAGCUGCCAGCAGAGAAGAGCAGAGGAUGAGGCAACAAAAGAGACUCACCGCAGCACAGAUGGAGGCACUGGUGAAAUCAGUGGACGAAGAGUUAAAUUUCUCCAAGAAAGCUGCUAAGGCACGAGUACAGAGUCUACAAGAGGCAGUGUGCGGCCCCUCCCACUCCUCUCCCUCAUCCCUCCUCCCUCUUCCUCACCGCCAGCUGGGAGUGGAGAGAGUGAGGGAGAGAUUCACUGAGACAGAGGUGACAAAGACAAUGACAGUCCACCAUCAACUCCUCGCCAUGCAGAGGGAUCGCAGCAAGGCUCUGGAGCAGCGACUGGGCCACCUAGAUGCCCACAGCUCUCUACGAAGGGACCUGUCUGUUAUGAGACAGGGGGUCAAGAUAGAGUCAACCUCUAUGGCCAGAAAUAAACUGCUCAUGAACUUUAACUGGUUCCAGGACCUGUUGGAACGGAUCCCGGACGAGGCGAGGGGUGACCGCUAUUGUUCACGUCUCCUCUCCCUCCUCGCUGGCCACGCCCACCACUCCGCCCAAGUGGGACCCAACGAGUGGUCGAAGAGGAAGCUGAUUGGUAUUCUGUCGACCCUGAGACCGUGGGAGUUGAGGUGUCCGGAAACUGCUGCUGCAGUGAAG